AUGGCUCCAUCUAAUCAGACUUCAAACCGAGCACCGUCGCAACUUAGCUGCGAGCUCUGCCGCGACCGGAAGAUCAAAUGCGACAAACAACAGCCAUGUUCCCAUUGCCGGACGGCGGGCGUGGCUUGUGUUGCCGUGCACCGCCUUCGACUGCCCAGGGGGCGACACGCAGCGCGGAUCCGCAAUGCAGCUGCGUUGCCAUCGCCGGCAUCCUCGCCGGGGAACGGAGAGGUUCAUCAUACUGACGAGACGCACGAAGAGCUCAAAGCUAGGAUACGAAGGCUGGAAAGGUUGGUCCAGAGCAUGAGCGGAUCUCGUACCACGUUACCAUCAACACAGCCCACCGUAUCUGAUGGACCUAGGAGCCAGGAAGGGCCAGAUGAGUUUUGGCAAGAUCUAGUUCAAGAGGUGGAGCAGUUGCGAGAUAUAGUAUCAUUAAAUCCUGGAGAAGCUGACAACGAAAUCGCUCAAGCCUCAGAUCACACACAAUCUCGAAACCCGGAUGGUGGGCUUGUGGCUCUUGGAAUUGCAACGAGUACUCCUUCACUGGGUCGACUGCUUCCCUUGCACCUUGACAAGGAUGCUUCUGCCAAACUAUGCGAAGUUUAUCUGCGCCAAGUAGACCCGAUUAUCAAGAUACUUCAUCGAUCAUCACUGGCUAAUUGGAUGAUGCAUGGGCAAGACUACCUGAAAUACCCUAGGAGACAUCCAUCGACGGAUGCACUCGGCGCGUCAGUAUGCUACUUGGCCAUUAGCAGCAUGGCAGAGACCAAAUGUGCAGAAAUGCUUAAUGUGGAGAAAGAGAAGCUCAUGAGUAACUGCCGUCGGGAGUGCGAGGUUGCUUUUGAAAAGUCGGGGCUCUUGACCACUCGGGAUAUCACUGUCCUUCAAGCUUUCAUUUUAUAUCUGGUUGCGCGGGGCGUAGGAGAACGUUCCCGAGCCGUUUGGACCUUGUUGGCUACAGCCGUUAGAAUCGCUCAAGGGCUUCGCUUACACCUGAAUUUCUCGAGCAGUACAUCUGUAUCAUUUUUCGAACAACAAAUGCGAAAACGCUUAUGGCUCACCAUAUGUUUGAUGGACUUUCAAAAUGCCCUUGCCCAAGCAUCGAAGCCAAUUGUUCCACUAGAGGAAAUAACGCCUUCUUUGCCGUUUAUUAGGCAUAUCAACGAUGCUGACUUUGGUACAAAUACACAUGGGCCUGUUUCAGACAGAGAAGGUAUCACCGACAUCAGUUAUGCGCUGGUCAAAUUCCAUUUGCUGGUCUUUGGACGGCGGAUGGGCGAUGGAAGCAAUAAUGCCCCAUCGUCUUCUGUAGGUAUCCGACUUGACUGGGAAGUGGCACAACAGCACGUUCAGGAAUUUGAGCAAAGCGCCCUCAAGCUGUUGCAUUUCUGUGACCCCGAGUCCUCGUCAUAUGCUUGGUUCGUCUGGCAUGGUACACAACUAUUCGUAGCGGGUGCUCGCCUGUCUGCCCUUCGUCCACUCUACCGCGCCGAGGCCACCAGGCAGCCUGCUCCGCCUCGCGCCAAGGACAAUACGGAAGUCUUGCAGCAGACUGUCAAGGCUUUGGAGAAGAUGGAGCUCAUGCAUACCGAUUCACGCGGCGAGAACUACCGCUGGAUGGUCUCUAUACAAUGGCACAUUCUAGCCGUCGCCAUUGCAGAGUGCUAUGUGUGCCCUGAUCAGGCUCUGGUCUGUCAUGCGUGGACACUCAUCAAAUCGCUGUACCAAAGAUACGAAAGACUUAUUAUGCGAAACAGCGGCCAGCCAUUGAAAGGUCCCUUGGGUAAACUCAUGCGUCGAACGCGCGAGAAGCUCGAGGGCUUGUUAGUGGCAGAUACCCCACGAAGCGCUACAGACCCAAGAGACUAUGAUGAUCGCAAUCAAGCGAUACCUACAAAUUUGCCAUUACAAGCAUUCAAUAUGGUCGAAACUCAAUUGGAACAGUCCGGACCAGUGUAUCCUUCACCAGAAGAAACCUCGUUGUUUGGAGAACAGGUCACAUCAGCUCCCACAACGGACUGUGCACCCAAUAGUCCAUGGGAUCAAUCUUGGAAGAUGUGGGAUGAGUUUAUGAUUGAUAUGUCAUUCGAUGACCUUGACGGUGCAAAUUCAUUUUUCUAG